UCCUCACUACUCAGUUGAAAUGUUUGCCCGCUCGUCAUAAUGCGGCUUUUGUCGUUAGUGGAGAUAUAAAACAUUAGAUCUGUAAUAUAUUGUGGACUUAGUAAGCGGAUAUGAAGCUAACACGGAAACUGGUGCUCGCCAAGGCGAAGGCCUCCGACCUGGACAGCGUAAAGAAACUAAACUGCUGGGGAUGCAACCUUACUGAUAUUUCAAUCUUCUCUCAAAUUCCCAACAUUACGGUGCUGACACUGAGUGUCAACAGCAUCUCGUCUCUUGCUCCUCUGGCUGACUGUCUGUCUCUGUGCGAGCUCUAUCUGAGGAGGAACAUGAUUCCCUCUCUCUCCGAGCUCUCUCACCUGCGCCCGUUGACACGUCUCCGGGUGCUCUGGUUUGCCGAGAACCCGUGCUGUGGAACUGAGUCCAGACAGUAUCGGCUUACUGUGCUGCGCUGCCUGCCUCGUCUCCAGAGGCUGGACAACCAGGUAGUGACAGAGGAUGAGAUGGCACUUGCUAUGAUGGAGGGUGAUGUGGUCACCAUGCCGCCAGACAGCGCCCCAAACCAGCUUUCUACAAACGGACUUCCAGAAGCAGAGACAGAGAAUGACCCGCUCAACUACAACAUGGAAGAGACCAAUAAAAUCAGACAAGGGUUGGGGAUGAAGCCUCUUUCCAGAGACAAGUUCUCCUCUCUGUCCUCUCCAUCAACCAAAGAAACCAAAUUAUCUAUGAAAAAGACACACACCCUUGAUGCGGUGCUGCUGCUGCUGAAUGAUUUGGACGAAGAGGAGCUUCGCUUUGUGCACACAGCAACGCAGAACAGACUCGCGACGUACACACUGGACCCAGAAACACUCAAAGAUUCAUUGCAGUCACAGAAAACCACUGACAUCCAACACUGAAACAACAUGAUCCGAAUCGUACUGUAUAUAAAUAUGGAUGACAUGACAGCUUCCUAAAAAGUGAAGCCAAAGUAUCUUCUUCACCUCCUGGUGGUUGGCUGCAGACGUCUCAUCCAUAUAAAGUCUAUGUUCCUAACCCCCUCACAUAUGCACACAUGCUCUUUCUGAUUCUAAUAAGCACGUCACAUGAGGAAGAGAACUGAAUAAUUUCCUCAGCUUUUUUUGUUUUUUUGAGCAGCAUGCCUGCCUGCCUUGUAAGAACAAAAGAAUGUAUGUUUUGCUAAAGGUAAAUCUAUUUCUGUAAUG